AUGCCCUUCUAUUCAGCUGGAGGUUUGCAAAAUGAUAAAAUCCUCAAACCAACCACAAGGCAAAACGUAUAUACACCCUCAAAACUAAAGCAAGCCACCAAUGGUUCAGAUAUAGGUGACCAGGACUUAGAUCUACUAGCAAAACAAUUGAAUGUUUCACCAAUUAAUAAAACCACCACAUCUUUAUCCUCGUUGAAAUCCAAAUUUGGCUCACCAUCAGCAACUGUAUCUUCCUUUAAACUAACCCCCAAGUCAUCUACUAGCAGCAACACAUCAAAUAAAGAGCAUGUACAAGACAAUGACGACGAAACACCUGCUUGGGCCAGAAAAAACUACAAGGACAUUUUGAACAAAUCACCAACACGGUCAACACCAAGAUUACAACAACAAUCCCCUGGAGUCGGCGCUGAAACCAAGAAGAGUGGAUUCACCUCACCAAGUAAUAACUCGUCUAUCAAUUCUUCUGGAUAUGAGUACCUUUGCAGGAUUGAAGCAAUCAAAGAAUGGAUGGAAGACGUGUUAUGCGAACAGAUCUCACAAUCCCCAGUUGAGCUCAUAUCUUACAUAAGAAACGGUAUCUAUCUCGCCAAAUUAGCAAAUGUCAUUUUACCAACACAAAGAAAUGUGUUUAUGGACGAUAAAAAGCUACAAUUCAGACAUACAGAAAAUAUAAAUCGCUUCUUUCAUUUGCUAGAUUUCCUAAACGUGCCUGAUUUGUUUAGAUUUGAGUUGACUGAUUUGUAUGACGCGAAGAAUGUACCAAAAGUUUGGUUUUGCUUACAUGCAUUGAGCUAUAUUUUGCAUAAAAGUGACCCAAGAUAUCCCAAAAUGAAUGAUUUGAUGAAUAGAGCACAAUUUGAUAGUAACGAUAUAGUUGCAGCAAAUAGAGCAUUAUUGAGUGCACCCUUACCAAACUUUACCAGUGCCGAUUCAGGAAGCACCAAUGAAGAUUCAAGGUUCAUGAACAAUAUGAUGUCACCGACAAAAGCUAAAUUGGAAAAGAUUGGUCCAAACCCAUUCAUUGAGGAAAAACGGCCAAAUUUGAACCCGCCAGAUAAGUUUGAAAUCAAGUCUCGUGCUUUGAACUUCGGGACCGAUAAAGUGAAGGAGACUUCAUCGACACCUCCCAUUUCAGUAUUGGAGAGACGUGGCAACGAAGGAUUGGAAGAGCAUAGUCUACACGUUAUCAAGUUGCAAUCAUUGGCAAGAGGUGCAAAUUUCAGAUACUCCAUGUUUGUUGAUAAGAUUAUGCUCAAGUCAUACGAGGAAGAUUUGAUUCGUCUCUGUUCGAUCAUUCGUGGUAAUUCGUCAAGAUCAAGAUCUAUACACAGACAUCGGGAUGAGCUUAGAGCAUUUAGCUAUGAGAUUGUGGAAUUACAAUCUUUGAUAAGAAGGAAAUUUGCUAGUACCAAUAAGCCACGGCUACAAGUUGAAGGAAUUGCACGUUUCCAGAGUAUAAUCAGGGGAAAAUUGGCAAGAGACAAAAUUGACGAGAAGAGACUUGCUUUAGAGACACUCAGAUCAAGUGUGACUCAGUUACAAACUAUUGUGAAGAUGAAAUUCGUAUACCGCAGAGUUAAAAUACUUGUUUUGCACAAAGAUGAGAUAUUGCCGCCUACAACUCAACUUCAAGCUCUUUGUCGGAGCAAAUUGUAUAAGAAGUUCUCUCAAUCACGUUCUGUUGAUGCUGCUAGAAUAAUCGAAUUGCAGUCGAUUAUCAGAAGAGAUGCAGUCAUUUACGACAUCAAUAGAAAGCACACGGCGGUGAGAUCAACAAAGAAAAAAAUCAUUGAACUACAAAGUAUCGUUCGAGCUGGAGCUGCACGUUCUCGUUUGUGUGAUAAUGUUCUUAUCACCUUGAUAAAUGAGGAUGAAACUUUGAGCAACCUCUCUGCAUAUUACCGCGGGAAGAAGUUGAGAAGAUCGAUGGAACAUGCCAAGGCCAGCUUGAAGAAGUUGGAAUAUACGUCGAUAAUUCCUAUACAAACUUUGUUUAGAGGGGUACUCGGGAGAUUCAAUUACGAAGUUAUCUUGGAUGAUAUUUAUGAACAUGUGGACUCAGUGAUGUCCCUUCAGGCCAAGAUUAGAGCAAAUUGUGUGAAAAGUAAAUUCAUUGCAACAAUGUCACACUACCAACGACACAUUGACACUGUGAUCAAAGCUCAAGCAAUAAUUCGUAAGAGCUUGGCCCAAAAUGCCUACAAAUCACUCAUCAAUAGCAAAAACCCACCAUUGGCAGUAUUGAGACAGUUUGCCCAUCUUUUAUCUAAUAAUGAUAGUGAUUUCGAACAAGAGAUUGAAUUGUCCAAAGUCAAGGACUUGAUUAUUGAAAAGUCCAAAAAUAACGAGAAAUUGGAGAGUCAAAUUGAAAAUUUUGAUUUGAAAUUGAGUCUUUUGCAGAAAAACAAAAUCACAGUUGAGGAGUUUUCAAAGUUCAAAGGUCAUCAUCACGAACGUAGUGUCCAUGCCAACGAAACAACCCCCACAAACUUGAACAAUUUGAGUAAAUCCAACAGAGCCAAGAUUGAGAUCUAUCUGAGUUUAUUUUACCUUCUCCAAACAAAAAGUGGGUACUUGGCCAACGUAUACAAAUCUAGGGAUUAUGUCUUGAAGAAUACUGGAGAAUAUCAAACGUUGUUCACGAAUACAAUCCAGUUGUUUCCAAUACUUGAACCAUCAAUUCAUCGUCGUACAAGGGAGGAGUACUACUUUAUGAAACUUGUGCUUUCAAUAAUGAAGAAUGAUAUCGCAAAAGCAAAUAGCGUGGGAGAUAUCACAAAGUCUCAGUAUACCCACUGGACCGAAUUCGUUACUCAUUUUAACAAUCAAACAUAUCAAAGGCAACACUUGAAAUCAGUAGUCCGUAAAUACAUACACAAGAUCCUCGAUGAUGACGAGUUGGACUUUGAGAGUGAUCCAACGAUUAUUCAUUCACAGGUUAUGCCACAUAAUCAUGCAACUAAAUCUAACAUCAGUCCACAAGAUGCAAUUAAGAUACCUGAAGUGUCUUCAAAGUUUGUAAACAAUUUAAUGUCCUUGAGAGACUCCAGUUCCGAUUUGUUAAAAGUGAUUGAAGCCAAUAUUUUACAAUUGCCUGUGCAUAUCCGAAUUGUAUGUCGUGAGGUGUAUGUACUUGCUCGAGCAAUGUUUCCAGACCACCUGGAUCAACAACAUUUGGCUGUUGCUGGUAUCUGUUUCUGGAAGUAUUACUUUGGUGUCAUCAUUCUGUUUCCUGAAAAUUAUGGAUUAAAUUCGAAAACAUACUUGAGGGGACCUGCUAAUUUGCGUCACUUGCAUAGACUGAUGCUUCAGUUGUUUACUAUGAAACCGUUUACCAAUAACUUUUUGAAACCACUUAAUGAUUACCUUUUGUCACAUGUGGACACCAUUCAAACUAUAGUGCGUGGUAUUAUUGACAUUGGCGAUAUUGAUGAAGUGUACAAAUUUGGCGACUUCAAUGACAUGGUUGCUGAGGCACCCAAGUUGACGAUGAAAACCAAUUCGAUGAUAUAUCUCGAAAAACUAGCGUUGACCAAUGCCGAAGUUAUGGCGGCCUCUUUAGACGAUCCAUUGCAUAAGCUAACUCAAAAAUUGGAAAGCUUGAACACCCUUCCUGCUGAUUUGGUGGCCAUGACUGACUUGUCAAGCAUAACCAUUACUUUAAGUCGAAACACGCAUGAAGAAUCACUUACAGACUCCAAAACAAAGGCACUAUUUACCCAAUCAAAACGUUGUAUGUUGUAUAUAAUGCGAGUGCAAGAGGGUGAUGAUUUGUUGGAAGUACUCAUUUCCGGUAUCAAACCAUUACAUGAACAAAAAUUCCGGGAAAUCGUCAACACGGAAAAAGAAGAUUCCUUAUCCACUUCCAAAAUGUACUACAAGACGUCGCUUGGUGAUUUGACCAAGAUGACCUACCAUGAUUUGAAGAGAAUGUGUCUUGACUCCUUGUUGAAACUUGAGGCUAUGGGCGAAGUAACACGAAAAAACUCGUUCCAAGGCGUAUUGAAUCAAAUUGCAAUUGACAUCAAGAGCAAAAACAGUCAAAGGAAAAGUCGCCAGCAACAACUAGAAGUUUCGCAACAAGCAGUGAAAAAAUUGUCAGAUAAGGAAAAGUUUUUACGUCAACAAUUGAAUGAGUAUAAUCGUCAUGUCGAAAGUAUUCUUGCCGAGUCACAGUUGAAACCCAAGGACAGGAAAAUUUUCAAUAUCAUACCCGUGUUUAGCAAACAAUAUUUCUACAAUCGAGAAUUGAGGAAAAGGAACCGAUUACCCGAGUUUGGAUCUUAUAAAUUAUCAAUAAAGAAGCUCAAGGAUCAAAAGAUUUUACUAAAUACAUCACCAAGCUUGUUGGAAAGUUCCAAAAUUGAAAUCACAUUCAGUUGUUAUCAAGUGGGUAAGUUCAUAGUUGAGGCUUCAAAGAAUUUGGUGGUGAUUGCUGGAGCAAGUAGUGUAGUCACGUUGGAUGACUUGUUGACACUUCAAUAUGAACAAAAAAAGACAUUUACUUUGUUUGAUGGCGAUGCCACUUUUGAUGCAAACAAUUUCAUUGCAUUUAUAUUUAAAAAAUUCUAUGAUGUCAAGGGAGAGUAG